UGGUCUGGUUGACUGAGUAGGAGGGCUGGACGAGGGAGCAUUUGGCUGAGGGUCAUGACGUACGGACUGAGCGCUGCGAGCAACAAAGCCGUACGAGUGCAGGACCAAAGAGCUUUUUCCGGACUAAUUACUGAAGAUAUAUCAAUUAUAACCAGGAUGAGGACAACAGCGAUCACAAGGAAAGUAGAAAUGAAAUCAGGUUAUAAACUGUGAAGAUCUUAACUGCACCCUUUGGCUGACUGGAGGAUGAGAAGGAGGGUAGAGGCUGCAGUCCACGGAUUUCUCAGACAAGCAUCGUCAAGAAAGGCCCCAACUUUGCUCUCCAGCAAUUUCAACGUACCCUUGAGAAAUCUGACAGGAAAGCAGCCGACGAUAAGAUAUGUCUUGGCAAGCUUACGUGGACACCAACCUAAUCGGUACAGGAAAAGUUCAGAGAGCAGCCAUAUUUGGCCACGACGGUUCGUGCUGGGCUACCAGCGAGGGAUUCUCGGUAUCUCAGGCGGAAGCGCAAGAGAUAAAGAGCCUAAACGAUGGUAGUGUCGCGGGCAAGUUCGUUGCUGGAACGAAAUACAUGAUGCUGCGCAACGACGCGGCAAAUAAAACAGCUUACUUGAAAGAGGAAAACGUAGGAGGCUUUACCACUUGUUUGACCAAACAGUCCUUAGUUAUUGGUGGCUAUGAUGAGAGUGCUGGUGGUGCUGGAAAUUGCAACACAGUUGUGGAAGGCUUAGCACAAUAUCUAAAAGAGUCAGGAUAUUAAAUGUUUGA